UGCGAGGCAGCAGAAGGGCGGCUGAGCAGCCCCACGACGAAGACGACGACGACGAAACGAGAGCAGUGGUGCGCAACGAGCCGCGAGACGAGCCGCCGACGCCGUCGUCUACGAGCAGUGCAGACCCAGUGGUACAGACUAAGAUGCAGGCCAGCGCCGCGACGGCGCUACCGCCCCCGGGCCCCCCGCGCUCGUAGCGGAAGACCAUGUCUCGGUGGUGGAUUUAUUGUGGUGGACUGUUGUGGCUGGCCGCGCUGCUGGUUGUGGCCAACCCCGCUGCUGGCGCCCAAGGUCCCUCGCCAGCGGUCCAGGUCCAGACUUCUUCGCAAGCUAAAAGAGAAGCAGACUACACCCUGGAUGAAUCCUUUUGGAUCGAAGAAAGUCCCGCUGGUGAGGUGGAAAGGCUGCUGCGCGAGUACACGCAGAACCAGGAGAUGGUCAGGAAUAUCGGUUCGCACUACUACCAGAUCAUCUACCCGGUACAAUUGCGGCAGCAUAAAAAAAUGGGCAUCAGUACGAGGGAGAUAGGGUCGUCUAAGAGAGGCCAGAGCGACGGAGGGGGGUACGGCGGUAGGGGACGACAGACCAAGACCGGCAAGCACUUCCAUCGCACUUCGCUUCUCAUUAAAGCCUUUAAUCAUAAGUUCCGUCUGGAUCUCGAGCUCAAUACACAACUUAUAGCACCAAACAUUAUGCAAAAACACUUCCUGGCCAACGGAGCUGAGCAGGUUUCGAAACAGGAUAUCGAACACUGCUACUACCACGGCAAAGUACAAGACUAUCCGGGGGCAACGGCGGCCUUUCACACGUGCAACGGAGUCAGCGGCGUCAUCCACGUGGGCAACGAAACCUUCGUCAUUCACCCCUUCUACGGGGGUGACCUUUCGCAGAAGCACCCUCACGUGAUCUUCGAGGCGCGGACCAAGGCGAACAAGGGGUGUGCGAAUUCGGGCAGCAUGGAGUGGCGACUGAACCCAGCAAAUAUGGGGUUUCUGCCCGGCGGCACGAAGAUGCGAGUACGCAGAGACGUGCGGGAAGCGACCAAGUACAUCGAGACGGCUUUGGUGAUAGACAAGGCGAUGUUCGAAAAAAGAAACGGGAGCACAAGGAUAGACGUGGUUCACGACUCCAUACAAGUGGCGAAUAUUGCGGACUUAUAUUUUAGGACGUUAAAUACGCGUGUGUCGGUUGUGUACAUAGAAACGUGGCAAGGUGGAAACCAGGCCCAAAUAGAUCGUAACUUAGACAUCGGCGACGCACUUUCCAAUUUUAACACAUAUACGACGAGGAAAUUGUUCAACGUGGACAAAGACACGACGCAAUUGUUGACCGGUGAAGUAUUUGUCGGCGGCGAGGCUGGGAUUGCUGUUCCGGCGAUGGUUUGCACUCCGAAAUCGGUGGGAAUCAGCGUGGACAUCAACACCUACGAACCUCACUUGCUAGCAGGUACAAUGGCCCACAUGAUCGGGCACAACAUCGGAAUGGGUCACGACGAUGGCCGAGAAGAGUGUUUUUGUAAAGACUGGCACGGUUGCAUUAUGGCCAAGGCCAUCGUGGGCCUCGACAAUGUGCAGCCAUAUAAAUUCAGCGAGUGCAGCAUGUCGGACUAUAUAGACCGGCUGCGCACGGGCAACGGUAUUUGCCUCAUGAACAAACCCAACGAGCUACAGGAUCGGCGUACCUGCGGCAACAGCAUAGUCGAAGAAGGCGAAGACUGCGAUUGCGGCAGUAUCGAUAACUGUCGCAACAUCGACCCCUGCUGCGACCCCAUCACGUGUAAAUUGACAAAAGAGGCGCAAUGCGCUUCGGGACCCUGUUGCGAGCAUUGUAGACUUAAGGAGCGGGGACACAUUUGCCGAGACGCAACGAACGAAUGCGACCUUCCCGAGCAAUGUUCGGGAGAUUCCGGCGACUGUCCGUCGGAUGUGUUCAAGAAAAAUGGCAGCCCCUGUGGCAAGGACACUGGAUAUUGCUUCAACGGGGUGUGCCCCACUCUAGCACUGCAGUGUGAACAUAUAUGGGGUUACGGUGGUAUCGCUGCCGACCAAGAGUGUUUCGAACAGUUUAAUUCGAAGGGCUCGAUAAACGGCCACUGCGGCAGCGACACCAACGGCAGGUUUUUGAAAUGCUCGCCGGAAAACGUGCGUUGCGGAUCACUGCAGUGUCAACUAGGCAACCGUUACCCGGUCGUCGAUGGCCUCGAUCAACUCUACUCUAGGACCAUAAUUUCCAUUAAAGGGGUAGAAUACGAAUGCAAGACGACGACAACGAGUGGAGAAAAGACUAGUGAUCUUCCCCAUUUGGGGUUAGUACGAGAUGGAACGCCUUGCGGCGAAAAUCUGAUUUGCUUAAAUCAGACGUGCACCAGUAUAUUUCCGCACAUCACGCAGGAAAAAUGCCCGUCCAAUACGAACGUCAUCGAAUGUUCUGGUCACGGGUACUGUACCAAUCAGAACAAGUGCUACUGCGAGACGGGAUUCACGGGGACCGAUUGCUCAAUUCAGGUGGAGGUUACUCCACCACCCCAACCCCUGCCCACUCCGCCGGCCGACAUAUCGGCGACCAACCUUCAGGAACACAUGAAAAAGAAAGAAACCCCCUACGAAGACUAUCACGGGUCCAACACGGUAUUUCUCGUGGGUACUCUCAUGUCGGUGGUAGGGGGGGUGUUCAUAGUAUUUGCAACAAUGGCCCUCUGCUACAGGUCAGUCGUAGUACAUAAAAACUUCUCGCUCUGUCUCAGGAAGACGACAGUGAGUAAAUACGAGAAGGCUUACAAAAAGCCUGUUUCGAAAAACUACAUCCUGACGGCGGGAAACCAUUCCCAAGAGGACAGCUUAGAUGGCGCGGGGGCCACCAAAAUGUUGACCUUGGCCCCGGCGGGUAGCGUGUCAUCGUUUGGCCGAGCGGACUCACAGCGGGUGCUGUUUCGACCGUCCAAUCACAUGGCAGCAGGGGGAUCAUCGCAUUACCAGGAUCAUAAAAUGCAACUUAAAAGGAUUGGAGUGGGUGGGGAGGACGAUCAAGGUCAUUCCGGCGAAGAGGAGACAGUUUCCUUCAUCGAUCUCCAGCACAAUAACCUGAAGUUGCCAGAGAAAAAGGGUAUUUUGAAGAAACACGACUACGGAAUGCUGAUGUCUGAUGGUAAAGAGGCGUGGGCCGAUGGUGCCCAAGCAGAUGAUCUUAUGCGACAAGCAGAAGCCAGCAUGGCCCAGCUGAUGAGCGGUUCUGGUGCGGAAGUUGAACGCACACUGAAAACCCUCAACGGGUACCACGACGAUAUCGUCGAAGCAUUGAGGAAAACGGCCGCCCAAAGGGGAAUACCUACCCCUUCCGGUAGUAGCAGCGCCUUGAGCGAGGAGCUUUUGCGUAGAAGCCUACAGCAGUGCUCUGAUAGUUACUCCGACUAUAAAGGUCGUGGAAGCAAGGAGAACGUCUGCGACCAAGGGCUCCACAAAGUCGUGAUUGAACACGAAGAUGAGGACGACGACGAGGUGCCUCCAUGUUUGCGAAUUCGAAACCUGGAGGACCUUAUCAGACAACUGGAACACCACACUCGCCACAUGAGUCCUAGCGGUUCGGAAGACAUUCGAAUGUCUGAAACAGAAGCUGACAGGCAUUAUCGCCAAGAAUCAUCGUCUGCUUGUAGCGAGAGUUCGCAUCAAUCCCAUCGGGACUCUAGGCUCGUUUACGGAAGAUAUAGGCAACCAUUGGGGCGAAUGUCGUAUCCUCAUCCUCAUCGAGAUCGACAACCCGAGGACGAAGGCAUUUACGAGAGCGCCGAUCACGAGAAAGGUGCCUCUGGAUGUCAGGAUAUGCCUGACAGUGAAAGUGAUGACUUUAUUCAAGCUCAGCAGUUAGCCCGAUGGGCAAGUGAGGACGCCAUGGGCGGUCACGCGGGGGCUUCAGGAGGCGCGGCCGGCGGCGGAGGACCGCCCCCCCGCGAAUACUUCCCAUCGCCGAGCAGCUCGACAAGCGAGGAACCGCCCAGUAUCGCCCGCGCGCCCGCGGCCGGACCGCCCCACCCUCCGCAACCACCGUUGCCGCACCCCGACCACGCGACCAUCCACCGACCCAAGCGCUAUCCCGAAUAUAAACACUGAUAGUGGUCGAAACGAGGGGUCGCGUCCAGGUCGGGUAGUCGACGCCCCGCCCGCCCGCCAGUGGCGGGGGCAUAUUCGCGCGCCCGACCGCCGUUACCGAAGCGUGUCCUUUCGUUGCCGCCCCCCACCGCCGCCGUUAUCGCGGAACGUCAAACGGAUGACGUAGAUAGUGACGUUGACGAGUAUAAAGACGCGAUCUAACCGAUGAUAGCAGUUUUUUAGGGUUUAAUAGGAUUUUAAUUACUUAUUGUUAUUACGUCGAAAUUUUUGCCGACGUGGGCACAUUGUUGAAUUCGUCCGUACGGAUACAGGCGUACCGGACAAAAUUACGGGGACAUUUGAUGGAAUUGACGCAGUCUCUAGCAAUAUUUAGAAGAAACGUAUAAAAAAAUAUAUUUUACCACUUUAGACGACACGUCUUUGACGACAACAGAAAAUGACACAUUUAUUGAACACCCAGUUUUAUAAUAAUGUCGAUUUAUCUAUUCUAAUGGUUUGAAAAUAGUUAGCGAAGGUACAAAGAAGUUAAUUCAAUUUUUAUGCCAAGAAAAACUGCUAUGAAUCCACUUUUCCUAUCAUGGUAUUGUUAUUUACUAUACCAUAUUGAACCUAUAAGUAAAUUCGUACUUUUGAAAGUUUUAAUAACUCAUCAAACGUUACAUUAUUUGCUAAAUUACAAUAAAGUUUAUUAUCUAAAGAAUACAUCAACUACUUUUAACUGAUUGGUAGAAUACUAAAAGAAAUUUGUUCGGACGCGAUAGACUUCUUGCAUUUAUUUUAAAUUUGAAGUAAAACAAUAUAAAUCCUUAUUUAAUGACCAGCUCGAGCCUAGCUGAUAAUUUUUUUGAAAAAAAAAAAAAUUUGGAACCUAAAAGAUCACCAGAAUUCUUCUUGUUACGUAACGAUGCAUUAAGUAUCAACCAAAACUAACCUAAACUCUUUUAUAUAUGUAUUCUAUAGUUGUUCCGUCCAAUCGGAAUUGUUUUGUUUUAUUUUUCCUCUUUAAUUUUUAUAAUUCGGGAAUUUCUAUAUCGAGCAAAUUGAAAUUGGUUUUCAUUUAAUUAAUUGCUACGGUUAUAUUCUCCGCGUAUUUUGGUGACAAUCUCACUGGGUAUAUGGCCAGAAAAAACUCGUAUGUGGCUCCGGAGUCAUACUUCGCUGUGAUCUUGACUAGUAUGACUCAGGUAGAGACCAACGCGUCAAAAUUAAAAUCUUGAGUGCCGUCAAGUACUGCGAAAUUGUGCCAGUCAACAGCCAGAGCUGCAUCAAGGUAGGCCAAGAAAAAAAGAGAUUGUCAUUGUUUCGUCCUAUUACAUCAAUACAUUAUUAUUUGAAUUGCCGCGUUAUUUCUAGCUUCAAUUUUAUAAAAAUUUACAGUCCAUUGCUCUUUCUCGUCCAAUAGUAAUGUCGUCAUUGUUGUUGUAGUAGUCGUAUUGUUCACUUGUUUCAACCAGUUUGAAGUGGUUUUCUUAAUAUUUCAAGCAUUGAAUUAUCACUGACGAAGAAUUUUUAAAGACCAAUCUUAUUCGUCACAUCAAUUUAAUAAAUAUUUAAUGUUUCUAACAAAUUAAGAAAAUUAGUUUCCAGUAACCUAUUGAGAUUACUAGACAACUAUGGCACUAAUAUUUCUUUUUUUAUAACAAAUUGCCAGAAUUAGUUCUCUGCCGAAUGUCUGAAACGUUAAAAUAAUAUUGUUUGCAACAGAAAUCACAUUCAUAAGAAAACAAAGUAAUCAAAACUUUCUAAAUAUGUUCUUCUCUUGUCUCCGAGGAUGAGAAAUUCCCUUUAAGAAUUAAUAAUGUUAGCGACGUUGUCAGAUUCUUUAUUUAUAUUUUUAUUUUGAACGAUUUUAAGUGGUCAAGCUCCGGGAAUGCGUCAACCUCGCGCCAAAACCAAAUCGAAUUCACCGCAAUUUGUCCAGCACAGCUGGUUACAAUUUUAGCGACAUAUUUUUCACACACCAAAAGGCGGUUGCUGCUGCAUCGACAAGCGUAUAUAGCGGUUUAAUUAGAUAGAGAAAACUUUUGUCUAAAACAAAAAGUGCGCAAGUUCUGUUUUCCCAGCGUGUCGAUGGGUUUAACCGCAAGCACACGAGUGUCAACCGAAUUUACCCGAAGAACGUGCUUAACCUAGAAAGACUGAACCAUGGACGCCGACAUAAGCGACUCGAACUAUUAUAUCGUGAACCCCAACCAUUUCCCCGGCCCGAUUUGAAAACCUUGACCACUAUACCCCGCCCCGUUCCCCGUGUUAAGUGUAAUGUGUGCAGUCGGACGAGAAUUUCUUAGAGACUGUUAUACUAGUUGUUGAACUAAAAACAAUUAUUUAUUAAAACAAAUACUAAAUACCUGUCGAACGCCGCCUGUUCCGACUAACGAGCGCGAGAGUGCGUCGCGCGUAGUAGUGACGUAUUGCAAUCGGAUCGAUCCACCUCUCUGAACAGCGAUGACCGCACCAACGUCGACGCCCAGAGUUGGGCGGAGCGACGCGCACUGACGUUCAAGGUACGACCAACGGGCGAUCGGCAGACACGUGUAUCGUUUGUGGUACAUGCAUAAUUCUAAAUUCGUGGUGUGUCAAGUUUGGAUAUGUCGCGAUUAUGCCUUAGUUGUCGGUUGCCUUGCGUCCGAGAUGACGAUUUUAUUGAUUUCUUCAUUCUUUUUUUUUCCGAAUCGCAUCGACGACGAAAGGUAGCCUGCGUCCUAUAUUUACGAAAUCUUUCGGACACGAACGAUUUUUUAUUGUAGAUCGUAAGUUAGACACGUGUUCCAUUCAGAGUUUCAGGAUCGGACGAGCACAGAAAACAAACCCCGUCAUUUUCUACGUUUCAAACAUUCAAUAAUUGUUCCUCUAACUGUUGAUAACUAAACUUAUAACAGUUCAUUCACAAAACAGGUCGUGAAAGAAAUUUGGAGACGCUCACGUACCUGUUUAAGGUACAAAAUGGGAGAUUUGAUUUUUACUUUAGGACUAGCACUCCUAUUUGAAUUAACUUUAGAUAAUUACAAUUAACAAUCGAUUGGAUUAUAAUAAUUACUAAUUAAGUUUUGCGAAAUAUAUAUAAAUAUUUCUUGUACUGAUAAUGAACUAAUUUUGUUCUGACUCUGUACGCCGGCAAGCACAUUAAUGAAUAUUUUUGCAUUUAAAAACCACUAGUAAAUAUUUCUGGUUCCUCAAUCUUUUUCGUGGAUAACUUGGUUUUCUUGAAGCACAGCAAAGUGUCGGUGGCGGACUUUUUUUUUCAAUAACAGUCGUUGACAAAUUCCUUUGCCAAAUUUUACCAGUACAGAAUAAAGGUUUAUUUGGAUUAGUUCUGGUUAGCAAAAAUUUUCAAAAAUUUAUUUUAGUUAAGGGAAUAAAUAUAAAUAAAAGAAAUAUAUAAUAAAGAAAGAAUGCGAGAACCACGUAACAUUUGUUACCAAUAUUAAAACGUUUUGAUUUUGAAAAUCAGGAUUCUAAACAGCAAAACAGUCCUUUUUAUGUAUUCAGGAAGAGCCAUUUCUUUGCCCUGUCGUUUACCACAUCUAUCAACAAAUUUCUAGGACAUCUUUCUCAUGCUCUCCGAUCCUGGAUUUAGUGAUACAUUACAAAGUUUUAUCAGUUUUCGCAAACACGUUAAAGCAGUUGUAAGGGUCCCAAAAUUAUUGUAGUGUAUCGACACUCGGUGGCAUUGAAGACAUUAAAUUGUGCAGAAAAUGUCGAUUUGAAUUGACUUCAGGUCCCAAUUAGUUAAUAAAAUUACAAUAUAAAGGCGCAAUUUUACUACAAAAGUAACCGGUGAAAAAUGUUUUUAGUGCUUGGAACUUUAAAUAGCAUUAAAUGAUUGUAAUAUUGCAAAUGCGAUUAUUUCACAAUCAUUAAAUAGGACAAUCAUUACCUGUUUAACUUGAUUUUGCCGAGAAAAAUGCAAAAGUCUGAGAGGAAUAGCCGAAGGAAAAUCUCACGGAUAUCCUAAAUGCCUCGAACUCGUCCAUUUUUGGAACUUUUUUGUUAUCAACUUAAUUAAAAUUAAGUCACUGUGUAGAUAAUUUAUUUUAUUGUCCCGCGCAAUGCAUCAAGCUGGUUACAUUUGUCAGUCAGUGCCACUGACGGGUCGUUUUUACAAACCAUUUAGUUAGUUAUUGAUUUUACCAUAUUUUAUAUGAAAAGAUCAAAAAUUUUACGCAUCGUUUUUGCUUUACAAUAUUUAUCUAGUUUGACACUAAAAUGCGUUUGUUUAGAUUUAUUUAUCGGUUCCACAUAGCCUUGCCCUGUAACGGGGUUACUGAUUAAAUAUUUAACCCCGUUCGCAACACGGUAUGUCAACAAACCGACACUUGGUCCAUCUAAUUUACCAACGGCCAAUUACAAUCAACGCAAGGCCUACUACGCACUUGUUUCGGUGAAGGAUGUAUAGAUACUUAUUCAAAGGUUGGCGAUGAGACGAACAUUUUAUCCGCAACGCAAUGUUGACCAUAUUUUCUUGCCUUGCCUUCGGUUUGGGCUGCAACUCAUACUAAUCUUGCCGCCGUUCUUUUCACCCUCUGUUACGCUAUAAUACAUAUCAAUAAAGGAUGAUUUGAGAGAUUAAUGACACACAAACGCUUAUAAACGGAUCAAGACGAUCCACGAUCCAUUUACUAAAUAUAGUCUACUAUAGAUUAUGGGAAUUGUAGAAGCAACCAAAGCAGAAAUUCGUUCUACCCAAAUCUUACAGAGAUUGCGGGAAAGUGGCGGAAUCAAAUCCAGAAUCCUGUUCUCGCACGUGCUUACUCAAUUAUUCUAGAUAGCAGCUAAGGAAUUUCUCCUAAAUUGCGUUUGUUGAUACAAUAUAGCUUCGCCUAGUGGAGAUCUAAACCUGCAUCGGUUGUAAUCUCAAAUUAAUAAAUAUUUAAAUAGUGGUGUGUGCAUUCUAUUCUCACUUUUAGUUUAAGUACGCCAAUAAUUUAUUCAUUCUAAAUUAUCCUAAGACGUUUUUUUCGUUAGAAACAUGUAUAUAAAGGUAUAUACAGGGUACACUGUGUAAAAAACUUUAGCUGAUCGUGUGAUUCGUUUCGGUUUUCGUCAAAAAGUAAACAAGUAGUUUCCAAUGGCCAAAACUUUUUCUGUAUAGUUUUCGUACCGCAAAAUAAUUAUUAAUAUUUAAUAUUAACUUACGCCGUUUUGAUUAGUUGGGGUACACUUAUGUUGACUUAGACUAGAAAAUAAGUUUUAGAUAUACGUAUACCUACGCCUAACUGACUGUUAUGUUUUAAAACGCUGCGCCAUUCCGAAAAAUUCAGGAACCCUUCGGCGUGAUGAAAAAAGACAACAUAUAACGGCAAGCGGUUUCUGAUUUUCAUCGCAUGGAUACUAUGUGUGUAGGGUAAUGAAAAUAUGUCUCAUUAUACUAUCAAUGUUAGGUAUAAUUGUUGUAUGUAAUAUCGUUCUAGCUUUUUGCAACGUUUUUCUAUCUUGGUUGUCAGAUUCUGUCUUUUGAAAGCAUGCUUUUCCCAAUUAUGCACGAAGAAGCGUUAAAUGACAACAAUGAAACCGAUUUGACAGAUUUGAAACUGGAAACCCAAAUACAAUACUUAAUAAUCUUGAACAUUCUUAUACGCAGUGAUAACGAACUUAUAAUGUAUAACCUCUGAAGGGGAAACUCGGCGCAAGAUUAAAUAAAGAAAAAUAUACAUAUUUUUAAUUAUUCUCAAACCUACAUCUUCGGAUUAGCCAUUACAUAAUUGCCUUUCUUUUUUUCAUAAUUGAACCUAUCAAAAGCAACCGAAAUAGACACAUUUUUUCAACCAGUUUUCACUUAUAUAGUUGAUGCAAUUUAAGCGUUCAUAGCGAUGAAAUAAGCAAUUUGUGUACCAAAUGUAGAAGCAGCGCUGCCUAAAACGCUUCAAAAGUAUGCGACCAUCAUCCAAGCCACGUAAAAAUGAGAGAGUUUAUAGUCAUUCUUAAUGGCUAAUUUAAUCAAAGUAAAUUAUGCAAAAAUUUCAAUCCAACACCCGUUCAUUUAGAUAAAACUGGAACGCCCGUUCAAAAGCAGAAUCUGCAACAUAGCGAUUUUCUUGUGAAUUAUUUCGUUUCUGCAAGCAAUAGGUUAAUAUGGGCUUUACGAACUCGGCCGAAGGCAGAGCCAAAAACUUUAUACCGAGAUGUAGUCUCAUCGCAACUGAAGACAAUUCUAAAUGCUCAGUAGCAAAAAGUCUGCAAGAGAAAUUAUAACGUAUAGUAAAGUACGUGUAGCGUGCAAGUGUAUAUAGAAAGAAUGUAUGAAAACAAAAUAUAAUAUACAGGUUAACAAAAUAGAUUAACAAUAUGUUUCAGUAAGUUUACUUGGAGUGUUAUUUCACGAGAAUUAUGUAAAAACUUAAACAACAAACAAACUGCUUUCGAGGUAGGCUUAUUGAUUUACUUAUUGUUGAUGCGAUGUUCGAUCUUAUCACUACUGGCGAGUAAAAAUCGGAAGUCUUUUGAGACCUAGACGGUUUCUCCUGUCUCCUAACGCUUUGAGCUCGUCACAAAACGAAAAUAGUUACAGGCAUGAGUAUAAUUUAUUAGGGUGACAACACUACAAUGCAUUAUUAAUAUUAAAUUUCAGAUUCACUUGGACGCCAGUCUGGCCACAGACUUCGUAUUUAGUUUUCUUGAAAGAUCUAUGAAAAUUGUUGACUGUUAGCAAUCAAAAUGAUUAUACUUACAGUGUUUGUUGCAGUGACAAUCCUUUAUCAUCCCUGGAAUGACUCCAUUUUUGAUAAUUUUUAUUUAAUCUAUAUCAACCGACAAAGACAAGAAAAAUGAAAAAUCGUUGUUUUUUUAUAACAGUCAAUGCCGGAUUUGCAAUGUAUUUUUCGGAUUUGUGCGUUGAAAUUGACAUUGAGUUGUUGUGACUAUAAACUUUUGCAAGAUGCUGCAAAGAUAUAAUCAGCAAUCCCAAUUAACAAUUUCGAAUAUCUUGAAUUUUUUGGUUAGUUUUCGAAAAAUUCGAAAAAUAUCAAGCUGAAAAUUAAAAAUGGAAUCGUUCGCAAAUUGAUAAUCUAAUUAAACGAUCUUCAAAUGCAACACAACUUGGCCAUACAACAAUCAUAAAUAUCACUGUAUACGUUUAGGUUAAGGAUCAUUACUAAAAUAUAAAUAAUAAAAGAAAUACGUUAUUUAAAACCAGCGGGACGUCAUUCCAGAAAGGAAAUACGCUAACUGUAUGAGGUCGACUAGAAGCCUAAGACUGCCAAAUGUGCUUCUGUUGACUUUGACACCGAGAUUGGUAAUGUUUUAAAAUUAUUUUCCAUUUCUGCCAUAGACCACUAAAUUUUAAAGCCUAGAAUUUUACCGUUAACUUUAUUUUGGAUGUAUUCAGUAUUAUUCUUUUGAAAUUACGGAGCUUUUGUUAUAAUAUAUUAAAAAAAUUGAAAAAAACAUCUUUACAUGUAAUUGAUCUUAAAUUAACCUAAUUAUAUACAAUUACAAAAGUUUUGAUAAAUUAAAAAACUAAUUUGAUUAAACUAGAGAAGUUCUAGCCUCAAAUAAAGGUGAAAAUACGUAUAGGUGUAGUUUUUAGCAUUCCAAUACUUACGGGAUGGGACUACAUAUUAGAUACGCUUUGGGUUGUUGAUUUUUUGAACCCAUGAAAUGAAAAAAGUGUCUUGUUUAAAGAUUAAUUGUUGCUGUAUGGGUGAUAAUUGAAAAUCUUAAAAUUAAUUUCGAACAUAUUUGUUUCCAGAUAAAGCCAGGCCAAUUUACUAGCUGCUGCAGUCAGUAGAAUAAUAACAAAUCAUUUCAAUUAUAAUAAGAAAUAUGCUGAAAAAUGCGCAUUAAGUCUGUAUCUGCUAAUUAUAAAAAUUAAUGUGCUUCUCUAUAACCACUCCUGAAUUAAACCAUUGAAAGCGAGCUCAUUAAAGGUAAUGGGGUGAAUAGUAUUACUAAUAAGAAAACUACGAUUUCAACAAAGGUAAAUCAAUAGCUGCCGACAGAGCAAGCAAUAAUUCCCUUUGAUGAUUUGCUUCAUUGAACACAGUUUGUUGCGAAUCGCUCGGUUACGUAGAAACAUUUAAUGUCAAUUACCAAUAUUAUAAAUUAAAUACUACGUUCUGUCCAAUUGUUUAAAAAAUGGCCCAGCGUACAAACACGAAUGGCUUAAGUUGUGCAUGAGGAAAUGAUUUUAAAAGUCUUAUUUUAAAGCCGUGGAUACUCGUCAUAGCACUGUUAUAGAUAAAUAAUUCAUGUGAUAACGUCUGGUAGCGUGUAGCUUAUAUAUUUAAAUUAUUGGCCUUAAAACGGACUUUUAAAAUAAUUUCUUGAUUUGUAACUUGAUCUGGUUCUGUUGCGAUUUUGAACGUCUCGAAGUGAAAUGCGUAUUCUGUUUCAAUUGAGAAAGAUUUCUUUUUAAAGUUGAUGAAAACAUGAUUCCAUUUACCACUAUUGGAUAUGAAAUAACACAAAAUCCAGCUGAAAGCAAAUGAAAAACAACUAAGCGAAAAUAAAAUUCAAUUUUUUUCAUUGAAAACCAAUUUGCAAAAUAUAUAUUUUUUUAAAUUAGUGAUUCAGCGAGAGGUUUCUUCCAAAACCAGAGAACUAAGCUUAGGGGUUUCCAUUUAAUUACUUCACACUUUUUAAUAUUGCCUGAACCGAAUGAGACAUGAUUUUAAGGGCCUGCUCAUAUAUUGCGUCACACUGUAUACUCUUCAAAAGUGGUUUUACUUUGAAGUUUGAAAUUAAGAAAUUGUUAAAUUAAAACACACAAAUUAUAUCAAACAUCAAUUCAUCAAUAACUCAAAUAUUUGAAAAAAUGGUUAGAAGAAAACAAAUGGAACAGGGCAGAAAUCUGGGCUAGCCCAAAAAUUCCUUCAUUAUUCCUCGAAAGAUGGCAGCACCGUUUAAAUUUACCUUGUGUAUUUUGAAAUCUGAGCAUGAACAAAUCCCCAAAUUGUAGUUACAAACUUAGUGUUUUGUCAAUCAAUAACAUUAAUAACGUUUUAAAGCUUAAAGUUUACAUCUCAAAAUUUGAUAAACUCCUCUAUUCUUAUUAAAUGACGUAAUUUGUGGGUCACAUCCAAGUUUGCGACUGUAAAAGUUGCAGUCAAAUGACGUGUUUUAGAGCUGCAUACUAAUUUAAAAAAAUAAAGUAAAAUAAACUUCGGGAUGUUUUUUUUGGAAUCUCCAAAUCAAUAGGAUUCAAUGACCGAUAAUGUUUGUCCAGUUAAUUCAAUUUGUCAGGUUGAUAAACCCCCGUGUAGUUUAAGAAACUAAAGGGUGUCGAUUUUUACGAUUUUAACGGAGAAACAAAACGUUUGGAAAAUUGCUUAGGCGGUUCUCUCCCCCUCUCCGCAACCGAUUUGUUUUCGAUAAGUAGCGCCCCCUUCGAAGCAAACAAGGGAUGAAAUAAACGAUUAAAGUUUGCUCAUUGUUGCUAUUAUUUUGUUAAGAGACGGCGCUGUGCCCUUUUCAGAUCUGACGGCAUUUUUGUAAAAUUUAGCUUUAGGUAAAUCUUAUGAAAAAAAAAUCACAUAAUGUAUUUGUGCGCCGGCGUCCUGUGGGGGCACAGCAGCGCUGGUAAAGUUAAUACGAAACGAUUGUUUGCAACGUUUUUUGUUUAAAAAAACAACUGAAAAGUCAGAUGGAUGUAAAUAUAGUGUUAUGAUGAUAUUAC